AUGUCAAUGCUGACACCGUAUUUAGCCAGUGCAUCAGACAAAACCGCAUUUCAAUACCAGGGAAACGGUGAGCAAGAAGCUAUAGCCACGCCAACAAAAACAGCUAUAAUCGAAACCAUAAAAGCCGACCCGCGUACAGCUGUUUUCGGCCAGCUUAUCGAUAACGAACCUCUGCUUGACACGUUCCGUCACUACAUCAGCGAAUUCAAGAAUAUUUCUGUGAUAGCACCCUGCAACGAAGCUCUAGCUUCUAAUGCAAGUAUUCAACAAAUCUUAAACAACAGCCUGUACUAUUUAUCUGUGGAUGAUGUAUGGCAGCAAGAACAAGAUGGCGCCGCCACCCCGAGCGCCCAGCUGCACGUCAAAGCAACUCUCCUGAACGGGGCCAAGAUUAAGUUACGGAUUAGAGGAGAUCAAGCAGAAAUACGCGAACCUGGUUGCUCAAGCGUGAUCGGCGAGCCGAUCAAGGUCAAUGAUGCGACAAUCUCCAUAGUAGACCAAGUUCCUUCCGUUCCGAAAGAUGUGUCGCAAACCCUGCAGGAGAUGGAUCAAAGCAUGACAUACAAGCUGUUCAGAAACUUGUCGUACUAUCCGGCUAGUAGUGAUAACAUCCAUACAACCGGCAGUAACAGCAAAACGAUUCCUGGGGAGUAUCACAAGGAGAAGACCACGAUCUUUGCUCCAGUCAAUUCAGCUUUUGGUACGGUAGAUCCUGCCCUACUGAGUGACACGGUGCGGGAGCAAAUGGCACGAUGGCAUAUCGUGUCCGGAGCGUACUACAGCAAGCAAUGGCAGCAGCAGCAGCAGCAGCAGCAGGGUAAAGGCAGUAGCACCAACGGCAGUGCUGUUCAAAUGAAGAGCCUGGCUGCUGGUCAGAGCCUGGAAAUUCGAAACGGGGAGCUGUGGCUAGCAAAAAUCUUGACACCUGACGUGCUCUUGGCGGAUGGGAGCGUACUCCAUAUCAUCGACCGAGUAGUGUGGAUGAAGCAGGUGGGAGUCGUGGCAACAUCGUCGUCGUCGUCGUCGACUGCAGCACAGACGCGUAUAAAUCCAUUCGCUGUACUGCACAUUGCCAUGGCCGGACUAGCCUUAUUUGGAAGAUCGCCUCUGUGAUUGCUCUCGCAAAUAAG